UUAAUUUCCCCUGAAUAUUUUUGCUCAAACAGCUACAUCGCACGGGGGGGUUGAGAAGCAAUAAAUAACGCUUUUAUUUGCAGUUUUGCAUCCCCAAUAAGUAUAACAGUGUCUACAGUCAGCACAAACAUGUCGCACACAAUUUUGCUUGUCCAACCGACCAAGAGACCUGAGGGCCGCACGUAUGCUGACUAUGAGUCAGUGAAUGAAUGUAUGGAAGGUGUUUGCAAAAUGUAUGAAGAGCAUCUGAAGAGGAUGAAUCCAAACAGUCCCUCCAUCACUUAUGACAUUAGUCAGUUGUUUGACUUUAUUGAUGACUUGGCUGAUCUUAGCUGUCUUGUGUACAGAGCUGACACCCAGACAUACCAACCAUACAACAAAGACUGGAUCAAAGAGAAGAUAUAUGUCCUGCUGCGGCGUCAGGCUCAGCAGGCAACAAAGUAAAGGCAUCCAUGACAGGUUGUCCUGCUACACACACCUGGAAAGAGUUUACACUGCACUACAUUUCCACAGCAUCGUAUAGAUCUGUGUAUAUGGACAACAUUGUCAGUUUGAGGGGUGGGUUUUCACAUUAUACUAUACAUUGGGAAAGGAGAGGGUUUGUAAAAUGGGGUAAAGUCAGACAUUAUGUGCUUCAUAUUGAAAUGGAGUCAUGCCCUGCAGCAUGCAUAUGUUUGUUACAUCACAAGGAGAGAGGGAUUCAUGGCUGCAAGGACUAACUUAUUGAUGGAGAGGGAUCCAUGCUUGGAAAAGUUCCCUACAGGCCAGAUGCAAACAGUUUUUGUUUGUCAAAUUUUUAGUAGUGUGCUUUCCCUAAAAGUUAUAUGACAUGUUUUUUUUAUACCUUUACUGGGCAGUUGGAUUCAAACAUGUUGUGGAUUUUGAAUGCAGGUGAUUUAUUUUUGACUGAAUAAAUAUCUGCAUACUGACUUUCCUAUUAAUUUAACUGAUUCUGGUAGAUUUUCAUAUUUCAUCUGUUAUUAUUAUUAUCGUUACUAUAGCCUAUCAUGAUGUAAAAUGCUGUUAUCGUUUUGCAUAGCAUCUGAUUUCUUCUAUCCCUGUUGUUUUCUUUGAUUUAAACAAAAUAAACUGUUUUCU